AUGGGGGACACUGUCUUGAAGCAUCGAGCUGAGUUUGCCUUUGCUCAGCUUGAGAACGAGAGAUCUCUGACAUCUCUUCGUGACGAGCUAAGGGUAGCUCGUGGGAUUGUUGAUCGGUCUCGGGCUGAGAUAACUGCUCUUCAGACCCUUGUUGAUGCCCACCAUCGGGAGCAGAAGGCUCUCUGCGAGAUGCUUGAGCGCAAGGGCGUUCUUCAUCGGAAGAAGCAGCGUACUGAUGGUACGGCUUAA